CCAACCGAACCAAGCUGUCCUUCCCGACGGACCAAACCAACCGCCGCUGACUCCCACGCCGAUCCGAUCGUCUCCGUCGCUCCAAAAGCAAGUACUCGCUGCCAACCGGGCCACACCCCGGCAUUGCUCAGAUCCACCGCCGGCCGAAACACUCGGCGCGGCACGCCCAGGACCCAUGGCGGGGCUCGUCGCCUACUCGGCCGCCGGCCUCGGCCUCCUGGCGCUGGCCGCGCUCGAGUCCCUCCCGCUCCGCCUCCCCCCGCUCCCGCUCGUCCCGCGCCGCCUCUCCACGCCGCUGCACGCCCGGCACCUCCUCGCGGCGCUGCUUUCCGCGCUCUGCCUCCUCUCGGCGCUGUUCUCCGCGCACCACCUCUCCCUCCCCACGCUCGGCGCCUCCGCGCUCUUCCUCCUCUACUCCCUCGCGCCGUUCGCGCCGCUCGCCGCCCCGCUGCCGCUGCCGCUGCUCGACCUCCUCCUCGCCGCGGCCUUCGCGCAGGAGCUCCUUCUCUUCGCGCACAGGCGGCAGUCCACCGCCGCCGGCAUCGAGAACCGCUACUUCGACCUGUUCCUUGUCCCCAUCACCGUCUGCCUCGGCGCCACCUUGCUCGCCGCGCACCGCCCGGACGCCGCGCCGCCUCGCCUCGCCCGCGCCGCGGGGUUGGCGCUGCAGGGCACCUGGAUGAUGCAGAUGGGGUUCUCCUUCUUCACCAACGCCAUCGCCAACGGCUGCACGCUCCACGCGGAGAGCCGGGUGGACUACACCAUCAAGUGCCGCACCCACGAGGACUACCACCGCGCGCGCUCCGUUGCCACGCUGCAGUUCAACGGCCACCUCGCGCUGCUCGUGCUCGCUGGGGCGGCGGCCUACGCGGCCGUCCUCUCCUCUGCGAACAGUCCACCGAGCGGGUACAGGAUGCUGGGAAAGGAGGUGCAGAUGGAGGGUAUGGCAGUGCCGUCGUCGCAGUUCACUCUCGAUUCAGAUGAUGAGAAGGAAGAUGAAGGGAUCUCAACCCCAGCAGCGACCCCGGUGGCUAAUGGGGUGCACUCCCAUCACCAGAUCACGUUGCACGCCCCUGAAUCCAACUGAUGGAGGUGGUAUUGGGGUGGUUUUGUUGUAGAAUAGUCCACUGGAGGUGGAAUGGUGGAUACCUGCAGAAAGAAUGAUGAGGCAUCGUGUUUGUGUGUUCUGAUACUUCAUUUCAGUAUGGUACUCUCUUUCCCAUACUUGAGAUCCUUAUGCGUGAGUAGGGAUCUUGCACAAUUUGAUAUGCACACAUUAAACUUAGCUUUUGUACACUAUUGUAAUGUGGUCGGUCAGAUAGUUCUUUUGGAAAUAAUAAAGAUAGCUAAUGCUUAAUUUGACAGCAAAGCAUUUACUCUA